AUGAGAAUCUUCCCGACAAUCUUGGGCUUCGCUCUCAGCGCCCUCGCUUCACCACAGCUCGUCUUCCCAGACUCUGACUCUAACGACGAUAUCAGUCUCUUAUAUCAGUCCCAAUCACCACUCAUAUCAACACUGAACCCUGUGGAAGGUCAGGCAGAUCCACCGAAAGGCAAUGUCAAGUACAUACUUCCGACCGAGAGGACAUUCCUCCUGAACGUGCCCGAGGGGUACCUGCAUGGGAAAGAGCAUCCUGUCGUCUUUACCUUCCAUGGCGCUGGAGGCUUUAGCGAGAAGCAACAGCGCGUCACUGAGCUCUCGGACCCAAUGCUCAAGAUUGCCGGCAAGCCCUUCUUGACAGUAUAUGCGCAAGGGGUGAAUAGUACGGAUUGGAACAUGACGCAUAUCUGGAAAGGGGCGCCGUAUGAGAACAAGACCGUGGACGAUAUUGCAUACGUAUAUGACAUCCUUCACACCAUCUCCACUACCUACACAAUCGAUCGUUCCCGUCUUUACGCCUGCGGCAAGUCCAAUGGAGGCGGAUUUACAGCGCUCCUCGCUUGUCGUCCCGAUACUUCUGCCUUCUUUGCAGCCUUUGUCCCCGUCUCGCCGGCACUCUACCAAGGGGUGUAUUCUUUCCACGGCUGUCAAGAGGAUAGAGCAGUCCCGAUCUUACAAGUUCAUGGCGUUGAAGACGAUGAUACCCCUUUCUACGGCCGCAAACCGGAAGGAGGCGGGUACGGCCCCGAGCCAGAUGUCAGGCUUUGGCGGCGCGAGUGGGCUCUGCGUAAUGGGUGUGUAGGGCGCUGGCCGGGGCAGUAUCCAGAGCCUGAGGUGAAGGAGAUAUAUGAGGGUGUGUGGGAGGAGGUAUGGGAUUGUCCCAAAGGCGAGGUGAGGGCCUUGAGUGUUGAAGGUUUGGGGCAUUCUUGGCCGAGUACGCUGGGGUUAGAUUUGGCGGGAAGUCCCAACCAGACUGCCAACUUCAAUUUGACUAGUCCGCACCUGGUAGAUUUCUUUUCCAAGCAUCAGCUUCUGCUUUGA